UUUUUUUUUACAAUACAUCCAUGUGCUCAAUUUUUUGCUCAAGUGUUGAAUCCAGAAAAUACUUGUACCAUCUUUUAACAGAACCAGUGUUAGGAAUAUUCUACCGUCAUCAAGCUUUUCGGAUCAACACAAAACGAUGACGAUAAUGAUGCUUUAGAAAUAAGAUUUGAAACAAUGCAAAAAUUCAUCAAAUCUAAAUAUGGCCGUUUGUGCACACAAAUAGCAUCGUUGUGGCAACAAUUUCGACAACAUUUCCAUCAACAAUCGACAAGUAGUCAUCAAUUGAAUGAUAAUCAAAUAAGCCAAUCAUCUGAAGAAUAUGAUUCGGACACCACAAUUGUCGACUCAUUAGACGACCAUCAUCAUACACCAGCCGACGAAAUUAUGAUCACAAAUGAUAUAUCUGAAGACAAGGAACCAGAAAACAAUUCAUCACCGAAUCUUGAACAUAUUGAUUGCCAACAAUACAAAUGCGACCAUUGUGGCUAUGCAGCCGGAAGCAAGGAUCGUCUUGAUGAACACAUACAACAAGUACAGUUAAUUUAAUCUUGAUUGUUUGUCAAAAAGUCGGCUUUUCUGAAUGGCUGAAUUGUUGGAAGUUUCAGAAAAAUAUUCCAAGUGGCGGCUGUUUAGGAACGAUAAGAAGAAAAGCGGCGUGUAUGGCUCUAAUUAUUGAUUGUUGGUGGUGUAUAUAAGUUUGUGUCAAGUCGUUGUUGUUUCAUCAUUAUUUUACUGUGUUCUUAAGUUACCAAAUUGUGCUGUGUAUAAUUUUCAACAGGUGGGGUUAGAAACCUGUAUAUGGUGAAAAUGCGUUAUUGACCCUUACAUGAGGAAGAUUCAAUUCAAUCAAAAUUUAUAUGGGCUACAUAGGACGGCCGAUUUAUCAUUGUUAUCCGAUGAUAGCCUUACAUAUCUUUCACACAACUCUGUAAACACAUUUUGCAAUCAUUAUUACACAGAACAAAAUUUUAAUUUUUCUCGUCUCUUGAAUCAUGUAUCUACUAGUUUUUAUUUAUUCACGGUAAAAAAGUCCCUGGGACUUGGUAAUCUUUUGGAUAUUUGGAUUUCAAUACAACAAUAAACACACCAUCUGGUGAAAGCAAGUGAAUGUAGCAAUACAAACAACAACAACACGAAUAAAGCCGGCUAGAACUGAGUUGCAAUUCAAGUAGGCAGCACUGUGUGUGGUGAUCUGAGGACAGACAGACGUCACGUGCCUACGUGAUUUGAAUGACGAAAAAAAUUCAAAAUUUCAUCAACUGAUGUAUAGACACACACACACACACACACACGGUGCUAUCAUUCUAUGCGCUACUACCUUUUAUGAAUCCAAUUCUACGGCCGCCAUAUUAUAUAUAAGUGGUAAAGGGUGAAUACGAUUGCUCGAUAUUUACCAUUUGCUGCUACAAUCCACUAGUACGUGUAUAGAUUGAAUGUCAAAUGUUGCCAUACCACUAGAAGAAGAAUAUGUGUAAUUGUUGUUGUUGUUGUUGUUGGUGGUGGUGGUGGUGGUGGCCGCAGUGGUCCGUUUGUACAUUUGGCUCGUUUCACACAUUUCUCUGCAAUUUGUUCUUUUCAUUCCCAUUAUUAUUCAUUCAAUCAUCAAUUCAAUGAUUCACCACUCGAUCUCGUAAUUUGGACAUUUGUUGAUUUCAAAUUUAACAAUCCACAAUCCGAUCGUUCACAUCCAAAGUAAUUCCAUGCAAAUGUCAACAGCUAAUUGAAUGCAAUUCAAAUCACACACUGUCAUUGUUCAAAUGACACAUUCAUUCGCACAAUCAUUUGCCUGCUGCACAGAUUAAUCUCACCAAUCCAACAACAACAACAACAACUCGACAAUUAUGAAGGAAACUAGUCACAAGUUUCAAUUGCAGGCAAAAUCCCAUUUAUCCAGUAAUUCACAGAUCAAAAUGUCACCAGAAAGUAAAAACGAAUCCAAUUCAAAUGGCCGUAUUCAUCAGCCAUCAUCGUCAUCGCCACCACUACCACCACCAGCAGCACCACCACCACCACCACCACCAUCAUCAUCAUCAUCAUCAUCAUCAUCUUCAUCUUCAUCAUGCUUAUCGACUACAAAGAAAUCAUCAAAAGUUGGUCCACUGUCCUAUCGAGAUCGGAUGAAACGGAAAUUAUCAGACACAUCAUCAUCAUCAACAACUGCAGCCACGACGACGACGACGACAACAAACGCAGAGAAUAAUGAUCCAUUAUAUAAUGCUUUCAAACGAAUGUGCCAGCAAGACGAUUCAAGACGCAUGUUAUUCCGAAUAUUGGCUCAGGAUUCAUCAUCGACACAGGCAACUUGUUCUUGCACAACAACAGCUGCAAACACACUGAUCAAAGAGUUUGUACAACGUCUUCGUUGCAAUGUUGGAAAAUCUGAAAAUCAACAUGAUGAAUCCACGUCGACAAAUGAUGACAUUGACAUUGCACCAUCAUCAUCGGCAUCAACAUUGUCAUCGUCGUCAUCGUCGUCGUCGUUGAUCCAUAAACAACGAAAAAGUGAACGGGACAACAAUAACAAUGUACAUGUUCAAACAAUCAAAUUGGAUGCAAAUGACCAUCCUCAUCACCAUCAGCAUCAACACCAACACCAACAUCACCACCAUCAUCAUGCUCAUCGCCACAAUUCGACAGUUUGCAAUGAUAAUUGUUGCAACAAUAAAACGUUAUCGAAUCAAGUGAAAAAGUCAAAUGUACGAAUUCAAUGCAAGAUCGUGCAAUAUCUGGCCACACAGAUUCGCAAAUUGCCAUUGGCAUUGUCGUUGUCAUUGAUGACACCUCGACUACCGAUGCCAGCGGCCGAAUUACAAAAUCUACGAUAUGGAAAAUAUUUUCGCGUCGAACAAUGUCCAAAUGGCUAUGCAAAAGUGUUGCAUCUCUAUUGGGAUGAAAUUGCUCAUCUGGAUCGACAACAAAAGCUGGAAUUGGCAGCUGAAUACAUGAAGGAAAGCUUUCGUGAAGUGAAACCAAACGUUUCUGCAUACGUAAUUAGUAUUAUACACAAUGCCGCCUAUUACAUGCCCGAUUGGCUUGAAUGGCUUUCCGACACGAACCCUAAUCUAGCGGUCAAGGCCGGAAAACUCGGUCAAUCUGGCUCCGAUAUCGAGACGACCACAAUGACCAAAUAUCGUCAACAAGUACACAAAACCUAUCUGAAUGGCACCUAUCGAUAUGGCCCAUUACAUCAGGUUUCGGUCGUCGGAACUGUUCACGAAGAAGUUGGCGGCUAUUUUCCACGGUUGAUUUCGAUUCUGGAGAAAUCACCAUUUCUUCGUUUAGUCAUGCCAUGGGGACCAAUGUCAUCAUUGCAGCACAUGUCAUCGCCCACUGAAUCAAAUGAUGGCCCCAUACUCUGGGUUCGUCCUGGUGAACAAUUGAUACCGACCGCUUGUCUUUCAUCCAAUUCUUCGUCAUCCAACACACCUACUAAACGUCAGAACCAACUGCGCGGUCUUUUACGACGAUCGUCGGAACCUCGAGAAUUCAUGUUUGAAGAUAGGACGAAAGCUCAUGCUGAUCAAGUGGGCGAGGGUUUGGAACGACAAACCACUGCCGCCGUUGGUGUGCUGAAAGCAAUUCACUGUGGACAACAGCCUAAAUAUAAUCGUGUGACCAAAGAUGUGGUAGCGUUCGAUGCAGCGCAUUUCGAUGAACUUACCAUGAAAUUACAGCUGGAUCUUUACGAACCGCCUGUUUCGCAGUGCAUCACUUGGAUCGAAGAUGCCAAGCUCAAUCAACUACGCCGUGAAGGUGUCACAUAUGCUCGUGUGCAGCUACACGAUAAUGACAUUUAUUUCCUACCGCGCAACAUUAUCCACCAAUUCCGUACAAUCACCGCUGUAACAUCGAUUGCCUGGCAUGUUCGUCUCAAAAGUUAUUAUCGUGAUUCUGUAUCGGCCAAACAUGAUAAAACGGACGACAAUCAAGCCAAAGAUCAAUCAUCGCACAGUAAUAAUCGUCACCAACAACAACAACGAAAACAUUCGAUUACGAAAAAAUCCAAUCCAAACAAUAAACAACGUUCCGACAAGCAGGAAGAAUCAUCAUCUCAAGAUGGAAAACCGGUGCCGAACAAACGAGCUCGUAUUGCUUACUCCUGCUGCUGCUGCUGCUGCUGAUGAUGAUGAUGAUGAUGAUGAUGAUCGUAGAGAAAUUGAUGAUGCCAAAACAGCAGAUUUGAAAAGCAAAAUUCAAGAGGAGGACUCGGAAAACAAUGGACAAUUUCGAAAACGUCGUCAUAGUGCGACGACACCUGAACAGAAUCGUUUGCCGUUCGAUAAGCAACGUGUUCACAGCGAACCGCCGUGUAUUCGGAAAUGUAAAUCACGCAAACAAUUGGUCAUGAAAUUUUUACGACAAAAUUCAAUAAUCAAACAAGAGCAAUCGUCAUCGCAAGGUCCCAACGACAGAAAACGCAAAUGUCUGGAUGAUCAACAUUGCUGCAAUUGAAUAUGAACAAUUUGAAUUGUAUACAUCUAUAUCGGUCAUUCUCAGUUCAUGAUUAUAGCUAGUCUAAAUUGCGUUUCGCUCACACGCCCAUUCAUUUCCAUUUCUUCUUCAUCUUCUCAUGCAUGCUUUGCUCUCUCACUUUUUUCCCGGAUCUCUUUUUCUUCAUUUUCACACCCACCGUUUGAUACUUUUUCGUUUCAACAGUUUUUUCAACACACACACACACACACACACACACUUUGCUGUAAUCUGGUUUGAUAAUUUUUCUUUCAUUGCAUACAUUGAUGAUUAUUGAUUAUAUAUAUUACAUAUUUAUUUUAUUCACCGACAAAUCGUUGAUGGAUUAAUAUUUUUAAAUUUUAUAAAAAAUUCAAUUAAAGCAUGCAUAUAUAUUAUA